UCGAUAAAAAAAAUUUUAACAGCUGUUAGCACAGCUGCCAUCGUACAAGCUAAAUAUUGAUGUGUAUAUUUUACAUCUUGAAAUUUUGUUUACUUUUAUAAAAUGUUGAAAAAGUCUAAGAAUUCCAAAUAUCCAUUACCACCAGUUCCACCCAAUGUGGAAGAAAUUCUUAAGGAUAUUGAAACGUUUCAUGUGGAAUUAAACACCGAGAAUCUUAGUCGACAAUCUCCAGGUAGUGAUGCACAGCAUCUAGAUUGGUGGACACGCUUCGAACAAGCCGUUGCGGAUCAAAAAAGUUUAAUAAUGCUCAGUAGUGAAAUCAAAAGUUACGAACUUAAGUUGGAAUCAAAAAAAAUCGAACUAGAAACAGAAGCCCAAUUGCUGGAGAACGCUGUCCAAGAACAACGCGACCAGAUCGACGAAGUGUUGUCAAAAGCGAGUAAUUAAUUUUACUAAAAACUAAACUGUAUAUUUUUUAUUAAAUAAACUGUGUGUAUUGAAUCUAA